ACUAAAUAUUCUAUGCAUCUUGCUUUGUCAUUUUCAACUGACAAUAAAUGCGUUGAAAGUAUAAUAAGGCAUUUGUAUGAAAAUGCAAUCUUCGCUUUUAAGUGUAUUAUUAGUUAUUUUCAGAGUGACGUUGGCUCUCCAAGAUCCCACAUGCACCUUUGCCAACUAUCCGUUCGUGAUAGGCAUAAAGGAAACUUUUUCAUUUAGACACGUAUGUGGAGGAAGUUUAGUUAAACCAAAUACUGUGCUUACACUAGCCAGUUGUAUAAUCGAAAGAAAGGAUAUUCCAGGUUUUUUCACAGCAGUAGCUGGUCCAUCUUCAAUAGGCCGUGUUGGUUCCCAAAGGGUCAUCGCUCAGCGUGUAGUUGUACACAAGAGAUUCGAUAGGAGUCGAAACAUGAACGAUGUUGGAUUGCUUAUUCUUAGCGGUGAAUUUGAACUAUCGCAAUUAGUAGCUGUGGUAAGGAUACCUGAACAAUUCAUCCUAGAAGAUAUAGGAAAACUCCACAGAAAAGCUGUAGCAAUUGGUUGGGGACCGUACCAUCCAGGAAAACGAUUGACUGAUGAUAAUAGGUACCUCUUCAAUCCGAAGUUGAAUUGUAUCAAAUUGAAUAUUCUUAGUGAAAGUAACUGUAAAAUAGCUAGGAAAGGAUUCGGAUUUGAGCCUAAUAAGAUUUGUGCGUGGGUACCUCUUGGUAAUGAAGAUAUGUGCCAGGGUGAUGCUGGAGGACCACUUGUCAGUAAUGGUACGCAGUAUGGAAUAGUUUCUGUAGGAUUUGGUUGUGAUUCGAGUAAAAGCCCAGCGUUUUAUGAAAGAAUCGAUCGAGUUCUUGAUAUUUUUAAGCAGCCAUAUCAGGUAGAGAUAGAAUAUAGAUCAAGAUCUAUCAACAAUCUUCCGGUAUUUUAUGUAAUCCCAUUUUUCAUUGUGUUUGAAAUAAAAUUAUGAAAGUAA